ACCCCCCCGCGCGUCUGGUUUCCGGCGGGAGCGCAGAGCCGCGGGCGCGGGGCGUUGGCGGGUGUGCUGUGCUCCGGUCACCGCCGGGAUGGCUCACUUGGAGAACCUGGUGCUUUGCCGCGAGUCCCAGGUGUCCACCUUACAGUCCCUGUUCGGAGAGAGACAUCAUUUCAGCUUUCCAUCGAUUUUCAUUUAUGGACAUACUGCCAGUGGAAAGACCUAUGUAACACAAACUUUGUUGAAAACUUUAGAGCUCCCACAUGUCUUCGUGAAUUGCGUUGAAUGCUUUACCUUGAGGCUGCUCUUGGAACAAAUUUUAAACAAGUUGAAUCAUCUCAGUUCUUCAGAGGAUGCAUGUCCUACUCACAUAACCUGUGAAACAUUUAAUGACUUUGUUCGCUUGUUUAAACAAGUCACCAAAGCUGAAAGUCUCAAGGAUCAGACUGUAUAUAUUGUUCUAGAUAAAGCAGAGUAUCUAAGAGAUAUGGAAGCAAAUCUUUUGCCUGGAUUUCUCAGGUUACAAGAAUUGACCGACAGAAAUGUGACUGUUAUCCUUCUCAGUGAAAUUGUUUGGGAAAAGUUUCGUCCAAAUACUGGCUGCUUUGAACCAUUUGUCUUGUAUUUCCCUGAUUAUAGCAUAGGGAACCUUCAGAAGAUCCUGUCCCAUGACCAUCCUCCAGAGUAUUCGGCUGAUUUCUAUGCUGCCUACAUUAAUAUUCUUCUUGGGGUUUUCUACACCGUCUGUCGAGAUUUGAAAGAGCUCAGACAUCUGGCAGUGCUUAAUUUUCCUAAAUAUUGUGAACCUGUGGUUAAAGGAGAAGCCAGUGAACGUGAUACUCGCAAACUCUGGAGAAAUGUUGAACCUCAUUUGAAGAAAGCCAUGCAGACUGUUUAUCUCAGGGAAAUAUCAAGUUCACAGUGGGAGAAGAUACAGAAAGAUGACACAGAUCCAGGACAGCUGAAAGGUCUCUCGGCAUAUACUCACGUGGAGCUUCCGUAUUACUCUAAGUUUAUUCUGAUUGCUGCGUACCUCGCUUCAUACAAUCCAGCAAGAACUGACAAGAGGUUCUUCCUUAAGCAUCAUGGGAAAAUCAAGAAAACCAACUUUCUGAAGAAACAUGAAAAGACAAGCAAUCAUCUCCUUGGACCAAAACCAUUUCCGCUGGACAGAUUAUUAGCAAUAUUAUAUAGUAUCGUGGACAGCAGAGUUGCUGCGACAGCAAAUAUCUUUUCCCAGUGCCUCCGCUGCUGGGUUUCUGACCUCCAGCGUCCUCACGGUGCCCCUUGCAGUGCGGAAUGCUUUCUGAGUUGUCGUCGUACUUUCCUUCCCACUGCCUUCUUGGAGCUUCCCUUGAUUACCUCUCUAGUGACCCUUCAGCUAUUAACCCUGGUUGGCCAUGACGAUCAGCUUGAUGGACCAAAAUACAAAUGCACAGUGUCCCUAGACUUCAUCAGAGCUAUUGCUAGCUUCCAGAGCUUCCAAGAUACCAUCUUACUGGCCCUGUGGUUGUGGCAGAGAUGGCAAUGAUCUGCUCACGGCAAUGCUGGGGAGAGAAAAGAACACAACUAGAAAUUCCCUGCCAGCCUAUCCCCAUUUGGGGCUAUAGAUCAUGCCUCAUCACCUACCCGCCCCAGACCCAACCACCUUCUAUUCCUCAAAGAGUUUUUUAUUGUUUUUGUUUUGUUUUCUUUUGUUUUUAAGUUGCAGAGCCAUCUCUAGCUCUUCUUCAGCUUCUCUUGGGUUGGGCUUGGGGAAACGAAUCAUCAGUGGAAUUUCUUGGACCUGCAAUUGAACCUGUAAUUGCUCAGACAUCUAUGUUUUGUUAGCAUUGAUGUUCUGAUUCACUAGGGCAAUAAUUUUUUGCCGAAGGAAGCCCCUCAACUGCCAUUGACUCAUGGGCCAAUGAUAGACAAGGUCAACCUUCAGAGGUCAUCCAGCCUAUCCUCCCAGGAAAAUCUGCACCCAACACUAUCACAAAGGGACAGAGAGCAAAUCUCUGCUCAAGUGCUGAAAGGUCUGGCUCUACCUUCUGUGGUUAUUACACCUACCACUAUCUUGAAUAUUAUAGUAGACGUUCUGAGGUACCAUCCAGGUCCCCCUUCAGGAAUGAAGGAUUUUUUACUCCAGCUGUUGGGAGUGCUGCCGGCAGAUAGUCUUCAGCUGUCAGCCCUUUUCAGGGAUUGCCUUAGCUGAAGAGAUAAGAGGAGAUAUGAUGAUGAUGAUGAUGAUGAUAAGUGUAAGGGAGAACUCAAGCAACAAUUAAGCAAAGUUCCCACCUUUGAGGAGCCCACAGUCUUGUUAGGAAGACAAUUCAUAAAUAAAAAGAAAUAUAAUUGAGAAUACAAGAUAAUAUGUGAUAAACCACAAGGAUGAGCCAGACAGCAGUUACAGUAAUUUGGGAAUUUGGAGGAACAGGCAUGAUGUCCUUUUGCUCAAGGCUAGUCAUGGUAGAUUCUGUAUAUGGGAGGGAUUUGUAAAGUGUCUUGAGGCUGGAUGAAAUUAGCUAGCAUAUAUUGCAAAUAUGGUUGAUCUAGGGAUUUCUUAAGUCUAUCAGAUACUGUCUAUCUUAUUUCAAACAAGAUUGAUAUGUAUUUGGGAGAGUUCAUCCCUGCAAUGAGCAUGGGAGCUGUCGAAUAAUAGCUGAAUUUUAUCCCCCCCCCCAAAUGCUUACUCAUCCUCACAACUACCCUAUGAGAUGGGUACCAUUAUCUUCCCACUUUCUGGAUAAGGAAGUAAGGCGCAGGAUGGUUGUGACUUGUCCAGGAUAACACAACCAGCAGGUGGUUGUGUUGAGAUCCAAAUCUAAGCAGUUGGAGCCAGAGCACAUGUUUUCCUACCCUGUUUUCAAGGCAGGUACUGUUUUCCUUUGAGACACCCAAAUAUGAGAACUGGAUUGAAUCUGUUUAUGAAGUGAUAGUUAUGGAUAAGCUACGAUGCCUCUGGGAAGAGGAGCUUGUUUAUCAUUUCUCAUCUCUUCUGCAAAAGCAAUUUUGCAGCAGCUCCGGUUAUAUCAUGAGUAAAUGAAGCAGGUACUCAUUAGGCCUGCAGGCUGGUGUAACUCUCACUUUGCAAUUGCUGUAUGAAGUGGAGAAGACGGGCAACCCUAAAUGUUCGCCACGGAAACCUGGACAUCAUUUCUAUUCAUGUGGAGUUCGUUAACCCAAGUUUCUUUAAACUGAGCUUUAUGAAGCAGACAAAUAUUUCUGGGUGUGGAAAGGUGAAGGAGAGGAAAGUGGUAUAUCUUCAGAAUAAAAAACAAAAGCAGAAGCAAUAGGAAAAUAUUCCCUGCUCUUUCCUUUUAUGGUGGUCUCUGAAGCACAUACGCACAGACUGCCUUCGUGUUUUCAGCGCAAGUUAAUAAAAGAGUCAUUUAUUUUGGAAAUGAGACAAUACCCUACCUGAUGGCUCAACUCUCUUGACUCCAGCCUUUGCAGCUUUAAUGAGAGGAGAAUGUGUGGUAUUGUGAGAUGUCUCAACAGAACCCAUCCAAACGGGGUUUUACAAACAUGGCAAGGGCUGCAUAUCGAUCCAAGGGAUUCCGGAAGUCACAGACUCGUUGUAACAACUCUUCUCUGGUAAAGUGUCUGCUGCCAUUCACCCGAGCGUAAACAUGGGAUCAAAGUUCUGAUUCCCCCAAGAUUAAUCAUUUUCUUCUUUAUCUGCAUCAAAGUCCUUUGAUAUGGCAAAACUUCCUUUUUCAAUUGAACUUACUGUAUGUUUAGAUUUCAAUCAAUAACAGUAAAUAUUGACUUGAAAGGUUACUACUUACUUGGGGGAAAAGGGUUAUCGCUAGAAAAAUUCCCAUUUGCAACUUUCGUGCUCCUUUCCAGAAAAGAGUUUUAUUUCAAAAUCAUCAAUGUGAGAAAACAAAGUUUGGCGCAAAUUCCUUCACUGUUUCGCUUUCUUAUUUCAAAACAUUGGGAGGACUUUUUCCAAUUUUGCAGCGUAGUUACCACAAGCACAGAGUUUGGACUCACAAGUGCUUGAGCUGAUUUGUGACUCUAUAAUUUCUCAUUGCCUAACGCUGGGCAAGACACCAGCCUCAUAAGAGCAGACAAUGACAUGAUCUAUGUUUUAUGGUGCUUUUGAGUUUCAAAAGAUGCAAUCAAUAUAAAGAAUUUAGUUCAGUGCCUGGCAUAUAAGUGCUCAGUAAAUAUUAGCUGUUAACGAUAUUAUAAUAUUGAAAAACACAUAUGUGUAUGCAAGUUAUGAUGUGUGAGUGUUAAUAUAAUCUAAAAACUGCUACAGCUUACAGGAUCCAGAUGUAAGUGGGCUCAGCAAUUUUCUUAAAAGAUCAAUAAAUCUUACAACUCCUUGAGCAGAGAUGUCAUUUGUUCAGGAAUAUCCAACAUGAUUUUUAAAAAUUAGGCAUGCACGCCAAACCGGCUUGACUUUGUACUUUAGAAUGGUGAAUAUAUUUUCACUUUAGAAUUCAAAUUCAUAGGUUCACAAUGCCCAGUAUAGUUAAAAUAAUGUGUAUAUGAAUACAUACUAAUUGAAAUGAUAAUAUAUGCUAAUCAAAUAUACACAUAGUGUGUAUGUGUGUGUUUGUGUGUAAAUGUGACCAUCAAUAUUUCAAAUAGGGAACCACAGGCCUGUCAGUUAGUGUCAAUGGCCUCUUUUUUCAUCAUAGACAACUGGGGAACUGAAUUGAAGAAUCAUUUUCACAUAUUUUUUCAAAACGCGGGUGCCUGGGCCUCACCCUGGACUUAGUGAAUGAGAAUUUCCAGGAAUGGGAUCCAAAUACUCACACUUUUAACACCACGGUCCUGCCAUAAACAGUUGGAAAACUGGGGGAGAAUAUAUGAUAGCAUGGUUUUUAGACAUUGGAUAGCAGGCUGUGCAAGACUUCGACCCACGGAAGGAGGCCAACAAAUGAGGUAAGUCCUUCAAUUGCUCCAGCUUCCUGCCUGGAGGCUGUUUCCAGGCCUCAGCUCAGGAAGGGGGAACCCAAACAGCGCCUGAGGGCUUGCUAUGGGGUUCUGGGAGGCUAAGGUGGCUAGAAUUUGUGGAUCAGAGUGCCAGAGAAGAGGAAUUUGCACAGAAAAAGCUCUGGAGAUUAGCAGAGGGUUCUUGAGUUUCUGACUAAGUACUGAUCUAUGCACACGUGAGCUGAAACUCAGUGAGCCUGGGGAAAGACCCACCCUCCAAUCUCCGCUUCCUUCAUCCUCCCCAAAGAAAACACCUCAAGAUUAUUUUUGCCUGUUUUUGAACUUUAUAUAAAUGGAGUUAUAUUAUAUAUGUAUUUUGUGCGGGUUGCCUUUUUGGCUUGACGUUACGUUGGUGAGGUUGAUCCGUGUUGUGUGGCAGUAGCAUUUUGAUUGUCAUUGCUAAUGUUCUUUUAUUUUAUGAUUAAACCAUACAGUAUUUGUCAUUUGAUGGUUGAGGCAGCAUUGGUUAUUAUUUUUACUAUUACAAAUAAUGAUGCUAUGAAUAUUCUCGUGUAUGUCUUUUGCUUCACAUAUGUAAGCAUUUUUCUUCAACAUCAACCUAGAAGGAGACUAGCUGGGUUGUAAGAUACAUUUACAUGUAAUGUACAUUUUUUCCAGAAUGGUUGCACCAAUUUCACUCCCACCAACA